AAAUGGAUACAAGAAGUAACAAUAGUUGUUUAUGAAAAAUUUACAAAAGCUUUUAUAGUUUCUUACGAAUGUGCCUCUUUCGCCUCUUAGCUACUGGACCUAUACCUGAACACAUUACUUUUAUUAUAGAUGGGAACCGAAGAUUUUUCUGCAAGAAGUAAAACUUAAAAUUAGGUGUUAGUCAUAUAUUUGGAUAUUUGUCUCUCAUGUCCAUGCUUGAGCAUUGUUGUGAUUUAGGCAUACAGUAUAUAACAGUAUAUGCUUUCAGCAUUGACAAUUUCAAUAAAAAACAAGACGAAGUCGAGAGCUUUAUGGAUCUAAUGCUAGAGAAGACUGAAGAGAUGCUUAAGGAAGAUAGUAUUAUUUACAAGUACAACAUCAAGGUUAAGUUCAUUGGGAAUUUAAAUCUCUUAAAUAAGUUAGUGAGGAUAGUAGUCGAUAGGGUAAUGGCAGCUACAAGUGGUAAUACUAAAAGAAUAUUCUCAAUUUGUGUUGCAUACACCUGCACUGAUGAAAUUGUUCACGCUGUUCAAGAAUCAUGUCAAGAAAAAUGGGCUAAAAUUCAACAAGAAAAUUUAGAGGGUGUUGAUUCCGAAGUGAGUAUAAUAACAGUGACAGAUUUGGAGAGGCACAUGUAUAUGGCUGGAUGUCCUGAUCCUGAUAUAUUGAUCAGAACUUCUGGUGAGACUCGCUUGAGUAAUUUCCUUCUUUGGCAGACUACUUUUUGUUACUUGUUUACUCCUAAUGCUCUUUGGCCAGAGAUUUCUCUCAAGCACUUGGUGUGGGAAAUAUUGAAAUAUCAAUGUGUCCGGCCUUAUUUAGAAAAGAAGAAAAAUGAUGGUGAAUUCUCUAAAUAAUUUGUAUGCCAAAUAAUAAUUGUUUGUGUAUUUAUUUUAUCUCGUAUUCCUAAAUAUACUCA